AUGGAUGAAUCAAUUAUAGAUAACCACAAAAAUAUAGCACCUGUUGUUGGUGAUAAUAUAAUGUAUACUAGUCAUACUAGUUUACCUAGUUUACAUAGUUUACCGACGAGUCCUAAUAUUCAGAAUGCUCAAUCAAUGCAGUCGAUGCAACAACUAAGAUUUCAACAACUACCACUACAACAAUCACAACAACAAUUCACAUCCAAUCAACAGUUACAACAUUUAGUACAGAUAAAUGAUAAUUCAAUUAUGCCUGGUAGUGGUGGCGGUGCUGCAGGAGUGGCAGCAUCAGAUCCAUGGAGUGACAAUGAAGACCCGCUAUCUCACCAUUCCGAUGGUUACGAUAGGAGUAUCGUUCGUCGAUUGAACGACGAUGAUGACGACCUUGCAGAUGACAGCAGCGAUACACUCACUACCAACUCUGUUUCCGACGAAGAUGGCAAAGAGAGUGAAAUUGAAAUGGAUGCAUUCAAUUCCGAUUACUUUCAUAUGGAGGAAGAGGAAGAACAGAAACGAAAGAAGCGUCUACUACUCUACAAAUAUUGGUAUUCAAAACUAGAUUUCAUUAUGGAACACUGUAACAUUCUACUGAGUGUUGCAUCGGUUGGUAUUUUCAUUGCAAUGAGUUACAUAAAAACCGAUAGUGACGCAUGGCAUAGAUUAAAUACCAUUAUGCUUGGAUUAUCUAUAUUUUUCGUAAUUGAUUUCGUUAGAUGUUUUAUAUUCACAAAGAAUAAAAACAAGUUUUUUAAAAAAGGAAAUACAAUAUUGGAUAUUGUUACUUUGUUACCAAUCUUUGUAACUUUGUUACCAAAUGAAUUGGUCAAUGUAAUUCCACUUGGAUUUCUUCGUGUUCUUAGAAUCUUGAAAGCACCUAGAAUCUUUAAGAUACAUGGUGCAAGCACUGUAUUUCAAAAAACAAGUCAAUUGUUAUUAUCUCUUUUAAUUUUUAUUGUAUUAUUUGCAUCGAUGAUUACAUCGGUGGAGGGUAUUCUAUUCCAUAAUGCCAUUUACUAUGCUGUUGUAACAUUGUCAACAGUGGGAUAUGGUGAUAUUUCACCACAAACAUCACUUGGUCGAGCAUUGACUUGUGUAAUCAUUUUAACUGCUUUGAUUUAUUUACCAUUGAAAUCAUCUCAAUUGCUCACACUGAUGGCUGCUACCAAACAAUGGGAUGGUGAAUACAGAACCAACAAAAAGAAAUUUGUAGCUGUAGUUGGUAACCUCUAUGAGAAAUCUCUAAACGUAUUCAUGAGAGAAUAUUUUUAUAAUUCAAGAAUAAAGUUAAUGCCAUUGUUAAUAUUUAGUGCAGUAGAUCCACCCGAAUUUUUUAAACCUAUGAUUGAAAGUAAUAAAACAAAGAAACAUGUUGUUUAUAUUAAAGGUUCACCUGGUAAAGAUUUAGAUUUUAAAAGAUCAAAUUUAGAAAAAGCUAGUAGUAUUUUUAUAUUUUCAAAACAAUCGACUCUUGAUAUUGAAGAUGAUAAGGAGAAUAUACUUAGAGUCAUGUCGAUCAGAGCAUUCUUACCACGUGUUCCAAUUUUUGCUCAAGUAAUGAAUCAAAGACUUGUACCAAAGAUGAUAUCUGCUGGUGCAACACAAGUAAUUUCAAUUCAAGAAAUGAAAAUGAAUUUAAUUGCACAAUCAUGUUUAUCUCCUGGGUUCAGUACAUUGGUAAUGAAUUUAUUGAGAUCAGAUCUUCAGAGAUAUGAUGAUAUCGAUGAAUAUGGUUCUGGUAACAGUUAUGAAAUUUUCACACAAAAAUUCUCCACUGUUUUUGUUGGAUUAUCUUUUAAAUAUGUUGCAAAUAUUAUUUAUGAAAAGUUUGGUAUGAUUGUUUUUGGUAUUGAAUCACUAAUCAAUAAAAAACAAAGAAUCAAAGUGAAUCCAAACAAGGAUUAUAUCAUUAAUGAAAACGAUGGUGCCAUUCUACUUGCAAAGAAUAAACAAUCUGCCAAGAGAAUUAAAUUUGCACCAUCUAGUUUUAUAAGUGAUAAUCAACCUAAUAAUGAUAAAAUAAUGGAAGCAAAAGUUGCAUGGAGAUAUGAUCCAGAUACACAUAAAUAUAAAUGUAAAUUAAUCUUGACAGAAAAGAAAGAACUUACAUCACCACACAACAAAAAAUCAUUACAUAGAUUAAUCAUUGAGAAAAAGAAAGAGAUGAAACAUGAUUUAUCAGUUUUAGAAACAAUACAUAGACCUGAACCUGCACCUGGUAAUAUAGCUGAUUUAUUUAAUAAUAAAAAUAAUAAUAAUAAUAAUAAUAAUAAUAAUAAUAAUAAUAAUAAUAAUAAUAAUAAUAAUAAUAAUAAUAAUCAAGAUAGUAACAAUAAUCAUGAUGGUGCAAGUGGAUCAUCUCCUACAUCACCACCUACUUUAUCAUCAAGAAAUGGAUCAACACCUUCGGAUUUAUCAAAUCUUGGUGAUUCACCACCCUUGUCUGAACUUCAUUCAAACAAUUUAUCAACAACCAUUUCAAUACCAAUGCCUCCCAAAUUAUUUAAUAGUAGCUCAAAGGUUCCCAAACGUUUUUGGACUUCUCAUUACUUGGAAGACUACCUUGUACAAACAGUAGAGGAUACAGCAUCGAUUAACAAUCAUAUUAUUGUUGCAGGUCAUAUCUUGUAUAUCGAAUCGUUCAUUCGUCCUUUACGUGAACCAUAUCUAAGAAGAUACGAUCCAAUUGUAAUCUUAACACCAAAGUUCCCAAUUGAAGAAUGGGAAUCUAUCAACAAAUACCCAGAGAUCUAUAUUGUUGAGGGAACACCUUCUCUUCUCAAAGAUCUCAAGCGUGCUGGAAUCACCAAGUGUUCAAAACUUUUGAUUCUUUCAUUGGAAUCUCAUAGUCCAGAACCAUUUUUAAAUGACAAGGAUACUUUACUUGCUGUUAUCGGUGCAAAGGAAAUACUUAAAAAUAAUAAUAUUUUCCCAAUUUUUGAACUUUCUGACCCAUUAAAUCUUCAUUUACUACCAAAUAAUCAAAACUGGAAUCAAAAUGAUCCAUAUUAUCUUGCACCUUCAUUUGCAUGUGGAAGUGUAUUCCUAAGUACAGUAUUCGAUAGUUUGCUAUGUCAAUGCUUUUUCAACCCACAUUUACUUGCUCUUAUUCAGAUUUUGGUAGGAAAGUCAGAUAGUGUUCAGAAAACAAAGAUCUUUCAAGUUGAUGUUCCCAAUGAAUUUAUUGGACAUCGAUUUGGAUAUUUAUUCGAAAUACUACUCAGCUGUAAUGUCAUAUGCAUGGGAUUACUAAGAAUGAAAUCCGAUGGUAAUAAAUAUGUUCAUACCAACCCAUCAUCUUCAACAAUGCUAAGAGAAUCCGAUAAGCUUUUCAUUCUCCAUAGAGUAAAGAAUGAAUCUGAAAUUCCUUCAAAAUCCAAAAUAUAA